AUGUCGGCCCAAAACUCCGCCGGGAUCCAGACCCUUCUCGACGCUGAGAGAGACGCCAGCAAGAUUGUGCAAAAGGCUCGCGAGUACCGCACCAAGCGCGUCCGUGAAGCCCGCGACGAAGCCAAAAAGGAGAUUGAGGCCUACCGCGCCAAGAAGGAGGAGGAGUACAAGAAGUUUGAGGCCGAGCACACCCAAGGCAACAAGGCCGCCGAGGAAGAAGCCAACAAGGAGGCCGACGCUCAGAUCGCCAAGAUCAGGGAGGCGGGCAAGAAGAACCAGGACAAGGUCAUCAAUGAUCUGCUCGAGGCUGUGUUUAACCCCAGGCCGGAGCCUAUUGCUGCUUGA